GAUAUGUCCAUAUAAGGACCUGAAACUUUGCGAUAAAUGCAAAAUAAAAUGUAAUUAAAACAAAUCAGACUAUAAAUCAGAAAUGGUUUCUCUGUUCAUCUCAAACUCACAGGAUCUGUUUUAUAACAACGUUGAACCAUGUGAGUAAAACUAUUAAUUUCUAACCUGAAUAACAUGCAGAGUGUGAAAGAUGUGUGAGGUUGUCCCGGGUCAGAACCAUGUUCAUCACAACACAGCGGAGUUAACCCGGCUACGGGAAUGGAACUAGAAGACCUUUAAAUAGAUUACAGAGUACUACAGCCACAAUAAGCCUCAGUGAGGCAGCGGCCAAGUAAUUGUUGGAGGGGGGAGGAGGAGGAGGACGUUUGGCCAGACAGGGUGUCUUUGUGGUCCGCUGGACAAAGAGCCGUUCUCCUCGCAGGGUCACAGUGGAACCAGCACGGACGCCAAACCCCAGCCGGACACUCUGCCGCCACAGCCUGACUCCUUCUCCCGUCUGCUUUCACCUCUCGUUCGCAGGGAGACGCCAUGAAGCGCUGCCUCGGAUUAUUCCUGCUCCUCUGUUUUGGGAUGCUGCAUUUGGGUUCUGGACUUCGUUGCUACAAGUGCGCUGAUUACACGGGACAGUGUCAGAAUGUGCAGGAGUGCACGUUUGAAGACUCCUGUAUAUCCCUGAGUGAAAGAGGUGGGAAGACCAUCCGUCAGUGUAUCAGGUACACGGACUGCGAUAACUCUCGCCUCAGCCAGAUGUUCCCGUCCAUCGCCAGCUUCACGUACCGCUGCUGCAGCAGCAACCUGUGCAACUCCGGCAACGCUGUCACCACGGCAACGCCCGUCCUGGCUGCGGCGGCGAGCCUGCUGAGCGUUUGGUGGUGUUGGGUCUGAAGGCCUGCAGGUUGUUGUAGUUCAGUAUGAAGCUUGUUUGAGUUAACACCAACUAAUGUGACGUCACUGUGGCUCCUUCAGGUUCUCAGGUCAGUAAAGAACGACUGCGUCUACUAAUGUUCAGUUUAACAGGAAGUCCAGAACAAAAUGACUUUAUGUCAAAUUCAUAUUCCCGUCUGUUUGAUGAUGACCUAAAAACUGAAACUGAUCACAUUUCAAAAUAAAUUGUCUCUAAACUUUUUGUUUGGUUAGACUCUCAGAUCUCUUCAGUCUCUCGUCCUCCUUCUUUCUGCUGCAAUCGAUUGUUUUCACAGGAGGAUCUUUCAUAUUAUUAGUGACAUUUAUUUUUCUAUAUUAAAAUACAACCAUCUGGUUCCAAUUGGUGCCGUCUGUGUGUUCAUGUAUUCAGUGUGUCAGAUCUGUUGCUGUCUUCUUUUUGUAAAUUAAACAUUUGACAAACAGUUUAAAUAAAUAAAUGUGAUUGAAGGCGA